AUUCCUGUCCACCUGCACACCAAGGUCUUCUGGCCUCAUCCAUCUCCCACCCGGCUCUAGAAUUGCUUAAUGGACUGUGUUAUUUCCCAAAACUCAGCUGCUUUUGUCAGGGUGGGGUUAGCCAACAACACGUUUGGAGGGAGGAAAACCAACAUUUCAUAAGCAGCUGCCCCGCACGGCUGCUGUCAGUACCAAAAUAGCAGCAGAGAAACUGAAAGGCAGACGGGAAAGAGAGGCAGGAAUGCAGAGGGCUCAUCUGCUCCUUUACAUCGCCAGUGUCCUUGGGGCACUUGGCACAGAUGUCGUGGAUGCUCGCUGUGAUUUGACGAAGCCAUACGAAAUUAUAGGAGGCAAAACAGUGCUGCUGGAGAACGACACAUUGCUUCAGUAUAUAUGCCCAGAUAGCCAAUAUCCAUACCCUACCGAGUACCGGAAAUGCGAGAACGGGUACUGGAGCACUAUGAGAAAUAAAGAGGACAGGGUCAUCUUCCAGGCGAGGUGCCGAGAUAUCCGCUGCCCCAGGAUUGCAGAAUUUGAAAACGGUUACUUUGAGCCCCCGCAGCCAUAUUACAAUAUAAGCCAGAACAUCACAUUUACUUGCUAUGGAGGAUACAGCAUGACGGGGUCUGAAGUCCGCUUCUGCCUUCCCAAUGGGAAAUGGAGUGGAAAAACAACCAUUUGUGAUGAUGGAACUGGUCAUUGCUCUAACCCCGGUAUUCCAAUUGGCGGUCGAAAAGAAGGCAAUGAAUAUCGGGUAGAAUAUCGUGUCCGCUACACUUGUGAGCGUGGUCUCAUUCUUGUGGGAUCCAGUGAACGGAUUUGCCAAGAAUCAGGAAGCUGGAGUGGAUCAGAACCACAGUGUCGGCAGCCAUUUGCUUAUGACACCCCAGAAGAGGUUGCUUCCAACUUCAUCUCAUCUCUGACUGAAACUGCUGAAGUUGCAGAUGCCAAUAGAAAUAUCUCCUCUACACAGAAGCGAAGGAUUGUCAUUAAGAAAGGAGGCACAAUGAACAUCUACUUUCUCCUUGAUGCCUCAAAAAGUAUUAAACAAGAGGAUUUCAACAAUACACAGAAUGCUACAAUCAAGUUGAUUGAAAAGAUCUCCAGCUAUGAUGUCUCUCCCAAUUACGCCCUCAUCACUUUUGCCACAAACAGCAUAGAGAUUUUGAACACAAUGCAGGCAGAGAGCACUGAUGCAGCCAAGGUGAUUGAGCUACUGGAAAAUGUCAACAUCGCUGAGCAUAAGAAAAAGUCAGGAACCAACCUCAAAAGGGCCUUGACAACUGUCUAUGAAAUGAUGAUUUCCCAGGAAGCUGAGGAGAAGAGACUUGGAUUAAAUCCUCCUCCUAUUUCCAAUUCCACCCGCCAUGUGAUCAUCCUCCUGACUGAUGGUCGCUACAACAUGGGCGGGGAUCCAGUUCCUGUCAUGGAUGAUAUUAAAGAAUUCCUCAAGAUUAAGAAAUCCGGCUCCAAUUCUCGCAAUGAAUUCUUAGAUGUUUAUGUCUUUGCUAUUGGAAAAGAUGCCAACGAGAAAAGCUUGAAUGCUCUGGCAUCACAUAAACCUGGUGAGACACAUUUAUUCAUUCUGAAAAUCGAAGACCUGCAACGAACCUUUGAUGAGAUGAUCGAUGAGAGUGAAGCUUUGUCUAUGUGUGGCUUGGCGAAAGAACACAAAACAGACGAUCAAAAGAAGAAUCCCUGGAACACCAAUAUCUCCAUCAGGCGUGCUGGUAGGGCAGGGUUCGAACACUGCAAAGGAACCCUCGUUUCUGAGUAUUAUAUCUUGACAGCAGCUCACUGCUUCACUGUGGAGGAUAAGGCUAACCAGAUCACAGUCACAAUUGCCAAGCAACAGUAUUCUGUGGAGAAAAUUCAAGUCCACAAAGAUUACCAGAUCGGAAAACUGAAACAUCGCGGGAUCCCUGAAUUCUAUGAUUAUGACAUCGCCCUGAUAAAACUUAAGGAAAAAGUUGAGUUCAGUUUCAAUGCAAGGCCAAUUUGUUUACCGUGUACACAAGGAACAACCCGAGCUCUGAGGAAGCCUCUUGCAACGACCACGUGUCAGGACCAUGAGAAUGAGCUGCUACCUGUGGGAAACAUUCGUUCUUUUUUUGUAACCAACUGUAAGUCCCAAAACCAACAAACUAGAGGGCUAGUUCGCAGGCCUGUUCAGAUCAAGAAUAGCGACAAGAAAAUAGCUUGUGAACAAGAUGCUAGGAAUGCCAAAUUCUACAAAAACAUUACCAAUAUCAAAGAAGUAGUGACUGAUAACUUUCUCUGCACUGGGGGACAGGACCCUGUGCUGGACCCCAAUACAUGCAAAGGAGAUUCUGGUGGUCCUCUCAUUGUUCAGAAAAAAUUGCGUUAUAUUCAGGUUGGCGUGAUUAGUUGGGGUGUGGUUGAUGUCUGCAGUCACAAUAUUGCGUCAUGUGAGGAACCCGAAAAAUUCCAGAGGCGUAGUCCCUCCUUUGCCAGGGAUUAUCACUUCAACCUCUUCAAAGUUAUUCCUUGGCUCAAAGAAAAGCUGGCCGAUGAGGGACUAGAUUUCCUCUAGAUUUGUUCUUCCCACUCAGAUCCUCUCUGUACAUAGAAGUCAUUCCCUUCAAAUCUUGCCAAGUAAAUUCUAUGUCAGGGGUCUUCCAACUCAGCCCUUUUAGGACUCAUGGACUUCAACUCCCAGAAUUCCUCAGCCAGGCACUC